AUGCAACUGGUGUCUCUCAGCGCUCUAACCCUCUUGGCAGGGUUAGGGUCUGCGCUUCCCGAGUCUCAUCUCCAGGCUCGAGGACCACCAGCCUCUUCUCCGUCUUUUCAGGCCAGAUGUGAAGCUUUCGGCUCAAAGAUAAAUGGUCAUAAUAAGCAUGACUUCCAGAAUGACGUGACCCUGCACUCGGUCACAUACAUUCCUCCAGGCGGGAACAUUUCCAUGGCCACAACCCCGGAUUUGUGUGCAUUUAAUAAAAUUUCAACUCCCAGCCCAGUAGAAUUUUGUCGGGUCAGUCUGAAUGUGACGACUUCUAGCCAAAGCCAGAUUUAUAUGGAGGCGUGGCUGCCUGGCAACUAUACGGGGAGAUUUCUGAGCACUGGAAACGGAGGACUGGGCGGUUGCGUUCAAUAUGCAGACAUGCUAUACGCGGCACAAUUUGGUUUCGCGACUGUUGGCACGAAUAACGGCCACUUCGGCGACUCUGGAAGAUUCUUCCUCGGCAACCCCGAAGUUCUCGAAGACUUUGCCUAUCGCGCUAUGCAUACCGGUGUGGAAAUUGGCAAAAAACUCACCAAAUUAUUCUACACGCAGACAAAGAACGGAUACAACAAGUCCUACUAUCUUGGUUGCUCAACGGGUGGCCGUCAGGGAUGGAAAUCUCUCGAAAAGUUUCCCGAUGAUUUUGAUGGUGUCGUUGCUGGUGCACCGGCCUUCAAUUUCAUCAAUCUCGCUAGCUGGGGUGCAAGGGUCAUCACUAUAACCGGCAAUGCUACAUCGGAUACGUUUAUCACGGCAGCUCAAUGGGGAGGCUUGAUUCAUAACGAAAUUAUGAGACAAUGCGACGGUCUCGAUGGGGCCACGGAUGGAAUCAUUGAAGACCCGGAUUUGUGUCAUCCCAAUCUCGAGACGUUACUUUGCAGUUCGUCUUCUACUGAUCCGUCAUCGUGUCUCACCAGGGCGCAAGUAAACACCGCCAGUCAGAUGUUCACUCCCUUGGUCAGUCAAAAGGGUGAAUGGAUGUAUCCGCGCAUGCAACCCGGUUCUGAACCGGUAGCUGCUUACGUAUAUUAUUCGGGUCAACCAGUCCAAUAUCCCUGGGACUGGUACCGAUAUGUCGUCUUCAACAACUCUGCAUGGGAUGCUGCUACAUGGACAGUUGCGGAUGCGGAAAUGGCUGCUCGUCAGAACCCCUUCGACAUCUCAACAUGGGAUAGCCAACUCGUCUCCGGCUUUCAGAAGAAGGGCGGUAAAGUCCUUCAUUAUCACGGUUUGGAGGACCCUAUUAUUACGUCCGACAGCUCAAAAGCAUGGUACAAAUACCUAGUCGAUUCUACCAACACCAGCCCGUCGGAGCUCGACAGCUUUUAUCGUUUCUUCCCUAUCAGUGGCAUGAGUCAUUGCAGUCCCGGUGCGGGAGCUUCUUACAUCGGCCAGGGCCUCGGAACAUAUGUUCCGGGAUCAGAACACCACCCCGAAGAUAAUGUUUUGAUGGCUAUGGUGCAGUGGGUUGAAGAGGGUAUUGCACCGGAGUUUGUGCGUGGUACAAAGCUCGCGAGAGAUGGGUCUGUGGAGUAUACAAGGAAACACUGCAAGUUCCCGAAAAGGAAUGUUUAUGUUGGGCCGGGUAAGUACACGGAUGAGAAUGCCUGGGAGUGUGUAUAA